AUGUUCCGUCAAAGUAUCAGACGCUUUGGAACGACCAGCCUACGAGCGGCCGUCGGGGGCUCCCCUUAUACCGUGCGUGUGUCGGCGGCCCAGGGUGUAGUGAACGGACUGACGGAAGCUAUCGGCAAUACGCCUCUUAUCCGAUUGAAGCGUCUUUCCGAAGAAACCGGAUGCAAUGUAUUGGGCAAAGCCGAAUUUCAGAAUCCCGGCGGCAGCGUCAAGGAUCGUGCUGCCUUGUUCGUGGUAGAAGAUGCCGAGAAGAAGGGACUUUUGCGCCCUGGCGGUACUGUCGUGGAAGGUACCGCUGGAAACACAGGAAUCGGUCUGGCGCAUGUGUGUCGGUCCAAGGGCUACAAGCUGGUGAUCUACAUGCCCAACACUCAAUCACAGGGCAAGAUUGACCUUCUUCGCCUGCUCGGUGCAGAGGUCUACCCCGUUCCAGCUGUGGCUUUCGACAACCCUCAAAACUACAAUCAUCAGGCGCGUCGACAUGCCGAAUCUCUGGAUAACGCUGUGUGGACAAAUCAGUUCGACAACAUUGCCAAUCGCCAAGCGCAUAUCGAAACGACUGGUCCAGAAAUUUGGGCUCAGACGGGCGGCAAGAUUGACGCCUUCACUUGUGCUACUGGAACGGGUGGAACCUUAGCCGGAACUACUCGAUUCCUCAAGGAAGCCAGCGAUGGCAGAGUCAAGAGUUUCUUGGCUGAUCCCCCCGGCAGUGUCCUGCACAGCUUCAUCCAGAGUGGUGGCAAGUUGACCGACCGCUCUGGAGGCAGUAUCACCGAGGGCAUUGGUCAGGGACGUGUGACCGACAACCUGCAGCCUGAUAUUGAUCUUUUGGAUGGCUCUUUGAACAUUUCCGACGAAAAGACUAUCGAAAUGGUCUAUCGCUGCCUUGAUGAGGAGGGUCUCUACCUGGGAGCCAGCUCCGCACUGAAUGUUGUGGCCGCCAAGGAAGUCGCCGAGAAGAUGGGCAAGGGCAGUACCGUGGUGACGAUUCUCUGUGACGGAGCUUACCGCUAUGCUGAUCGGUUGUUUUCCAACACAUGGCUGGAGUCCAAGAACUUGCGGUCAGCCAUCCCCAAGCAUUUGGAGAAGUACAUUGUUUUGUCCUGA